CACCAUGAAGGCCUGGAUCUUCUUCCUCCUUUGUCUGGCCGGAAGGGCCUUAGCAGCACCUCAGCAGGAAGCCCUGCCCGAUGAGACGGAAGUGGUGGAGGAAACCGUGGCCGAGGGGGCCGAGGUAUCUGUCGGAGCCAACCCCGUCCAGGUAGAAGUAGGAGAAUUUGAGGAAGGUGCUGAGGAAGCUGAGGAGGAGGUGAUGGCUGAAAAUCCCUGCCAGAACCAUCACUGCAAACACGGCAAGGUGUGUGAGUUGGAUGAAAACAACACUCCCAUGUGUGUGUGCCAGGACCCCACCAGCUGCCCUGCCCCCAUUGGCGAGUUUGAGAAGGUAUGUAGCAAUGACAACAAGACCUUCGACUCUUCCUGCCACUUCUUUGCCACAAAGUGUACCCUGGAAGGCACCAAGAAGGGCCACAAACUCCAUCUGGACUACAUCGGACCUUGCAAAUAUAUCCCUCCCUGCCUGGACUCUGAGCUGACCGAAUUCCCCCUGCGCAUGCGUGACUGGCUCAAGAAUGUCCUGGUCACCCUGUACGAAAGGGAUGAGGACAACAACCUUCUGACUGAGAAGCAGAAGCUGAGAGUGAAGAAGAUCCAUGAGAACGAGAAGCGUCUGGAAGCUGGAGACCACCCCGUGGAGCUGCUGGCUCGGGACUUUGAGAAGAACUACAACAUGUACAUCUUCCCUGUGCAUUGGCAGUUUGGCCAGCUUGACCAGCACCCCAUUGACGGGUAUCUAUCCCACACUGAGCUGGCUCCACUGCGUGCCCCCCUCAUCCCCAUGGAGCACUGCACCACCCGCUUCUUUGAGACCUGUGACCUGGACAAUGACAAGUACAUUGCCUUGGAUGAGUGGGCUGGCUGCUUCGGCAUUAAAGAGAAGGAUGUCGACAAGGAUCUUGUCAUCUAA